GGAGGGAAUCAAUUGUGCGAAUAUGUGGUAAGAAAGGAAACGAUGGUGAGGAGUGAGGAGUGAGGAGGAUGAGAAAUGUGAUAUCUCAGGACACUACUACUAGACACUCGCGCUCUUUCUUCUCUCUCUUCACUCUCUCAUUUUAACUCUCAAGUUCUCAGUUCUCAGUUCUCAGUUCUCACCACCACUACUUUAACUCAACCCUCUCACACACACUCUCUCUGCAUCGCAAUUCCAACCAUUCAUACAUACCUAAGCCAUGGACCCAGUGGAGGUGCUCCCUCCGUGGGUUCCCGAGGACGACCUUCUCCUCAAAAACGCCGUUGAGAGCGGUGCUUCGCUGGAAUCGCUGGCCAAAGGGGCUGUUCGGUUCUCGCGGCGGUAUUCGCUUGGGGAAUUGCGAGAUCGCUGGCGCUCUCUGCUAUACGACGACGCCGUUUCGGCCGCCGCUGCCGCCGCCAUGGGGAGUUUGGAGCUGGGGAAGUCCGGUGGCUCCGGCCAGGGUGGGGGGAGGAAGAGGAAGGUGCAAAGCGUCAGGAGGCUGUACUACGCCGUGCAGAAGAGACUUCGCCGGCACGGUGGUGUUGCGGCUUCCGAUGUGGGGUGUGAGGGCAAGGAGAAUGUGGUAAUUGAUGAUAAUUUGAGUUUAAAUAAUGAUGUUGUGAAUAGUAAAAAUGUUAGUAAUACUGAUAGUUUAGUUGGUUGUGGAAAUAACUUGGGGUUAGAGGAAGUGGUAGGGGUAGGGGUAGGGGAAUUAAAUAAUUCGGUGAGGGAUGUUCCUUUGUGGAAAACGAUUGAGGAUGUUUCUUUGCCUGCUAUGCCUGUGGAGGGGGAACAUUGCGGUUCCCAAGGGACAGGCAAGUGUGGCAAUGGUGUGUUGAAACAAAACGCUUCUGAUGCUGUGUUGGGAGACGAUGCUGGUGACAGUUCUGAAUGUCUCUUGAACAUGGCAAAUGAGGGUGAGCUUCUCUUUAUGGAUGUGGAGGGGAAGGUGGUGGUGGUUGUGGAUAAGGAUAAGCCGGGUGAUGAUAAUGUUGAUUCGCUUUUGUUGAGUUCUCCCUGUGAUGUUCAGGGUAACGAUGAUGCUGAUGGCAGUGAGUCACAGAAGUUGGACGUCGAAGCAAAACUUGCUGUGCCUAGUGAGUGUUUGUCUGCUGGGUUGGAGGUUGUUUCUGGUUCCUUAGGUGUCAGUCGUGGGGAUCAGGGUUUUGUUUCUGAUUCUGAAAACGAUGCUGGAUCGUCUGCUGCAGCGCGAAGUCCUCACCCGGAAGACAGUGAGGGAUUUGUGAUCUGUAUGUUGAACACUGAGGACCCUGAUAUCCCGUGCAAUGACACUGUAGUUGAAUCCAUUGUAGUUUCUCAUUUGGCAGAUCUGAAAUCCCAACAUGUUGUUAAAGAGGUGGGUUAUUCGGAAAGAAUUGAACCAGACAGAAGCCUGAAGAAAGAAGCUGUUCUUUCUCAGUCUUUUGGAGCACAAACAGUUCGACAGGGGUUAGGGCCUACUGUGAAUUCAAGCUACCCACCUGUUGCUCUUGGACCAACUGAAAAUCCUGGAAAAAACUCUAUAUCUGCAGUUUCUAGACAGAAUAACAAUGUCAAUGUCAACAUCAAUCCAAGUCACAGCAGAUUAGUUCGUCCAACUGUGAUGCCUGCCUCAGAUGGACAUCUGAAACAAGUGGAAACUGAUGCUCCAGCUUCUGCUGAAGUUCACGCACAUGUGAAGGCAGAGGAACAUAAUGCUUUAUCUAAGUCAGAAGCAAAAUCAUUAUCUCUCGAUCAGGAAGGAGGUGAUAUUGAAGAUGAUGAUGCCAACAAUAAUGAUGAUGAUGAAAUCCCUAACUUUUCUGAUGUUGAGACAAUGAUUCUUGAAAUGGAUUUAUGUCCAAUGGAUCAAGAUACAAAUACCAGUAAAGAAGUCUUGAGAUAUCAACAUGAAGAAAGUAAGAGGACCAUCAUGAGAUUGGAGCAAGGUGCUCAGUCCUCUAUGGGAAGAGCCAUUACAUCUCGGGAUGCAUUUGCAGUAUUGUAUGGGCGCAUUCUGAAGAAGUAUAUUAGAAAAAGCAAGGUUAUACUUGGCAGAGAAACAGCUGAUGUACAUGUGGAUAUUGACUUGGGAAAAGAAGGGCAGGCCGCUAAGAAAAUAUCUAGAAGACAGGCUAUAAUAAAGUUGGAAGCAAAUGGUUCUUUCAUUAUUAAAAAUCUUGGUAAGAGAUCUAUCUUCUUGAAUGGCAAAGAAAUUGCUACAGGACAAGCGCGGGGUCUUAGUGCUAGUAGUGUGAUCGAGAUUAGAGGCAUUUCACUCAUCUUUGAGAUCAAUAAUAGGUGCGUUAGGAGGUUUUUAGAAAAUUUGAAUGAAAAGCUAUGAAGAUAAAAGGAAGACAUUUACCUUGUUUGCCCGAGAGGGGGUCUGUAAGAACAGAAAUGGCGUCCAAGUUUGUAUGUUUAGGAUUUUAGGAUAGCAUUCUCAUGCCAGCCAAAAGUAGAAGUUAUACCAGCUAUUAUAUAAUAUUAAUGUGUUGUCGAUGGAAAAUCAGAAUUCAAAGUGUACAUAUGGAUAGAAGAUGAAAAGGCUUCAUAUAGAUAUAUAAUAUAUAAUAUGGCUGCUGUCCAAUGGGAACUGGUUAUUGUCUUGUAUGUUUCUUAUUUCCCAUAUGAUGUAAUAGGAUUUAUUUAGUGCAACAGACGUCUGUACCCAACUAGGAAUAAUCAUCAAUAAAUAAUUAAUAGAAGUAUGUUAUGGUUUCCAACAAAAC